AUGAAAUUUCAAUUAUCUAAUCCUGAUAUCCCAUUUAUUCAAAUGAUUCUUCGAAAAUUCAAACCUGAACAAAUUGUUUCUUUACAACUGGAUGGAUUUCGAUUGUGGUCGAAGGCUGAAUUAACUUUUUUAUCUACCUUUACAAACAUCAUUUCAAUGACUCUUCUCAAUUUACCAUAUGAUAAAGAAAUCAAUAAAUAUGAAAAAUACUUUCCAAAUUUGACUUGCCUUUCUCUGUGCUAUGAUAAUGAAAUUAAUCUUGAUACAUUUAGUAGUAUUUUUAAUCAAUUUUGGGAUCGAAUCAAACGAUUUGAAAUUCGUUGUGCAGGUGUACUUUGCACUCAUUAUACCACAUAUCGAUCAAACAAAUCCUACCAAGUAAAUUCGACUGUGAAAUAUUUUCUAUUUGAUGUUGGUCAAUUUCCAUUGAUUUCAAUGAGUAAUUAUUAUGAAUGUAAUAGAUUAUGUUGUUUGAAAUCAAUAAUUAUUCUUAUCAAACAAAUGGCGAACAUUCGAUGUGUUCAUUUUAUUAUCAAUAAAUACGAUAUUGAAGCAUUCAUGGAUAUAUAUGAAUGGGAAAUUCUUGUAAAGGCAUGUUCUCAAUUGAAGAAUAUAAAAUUGCAAAUAUUAGACAGGAUGUUUCAAAACAAUGAAAUGACACAGAAAGUAUUCGAAAUUCAAACAGCAUUACACAAUAUACGACAAACAAUCAGAUUUCAAAUUUUCGGUUUAUAA